AUGAAUCAUUUGUUCUGGAGGGUUUCUCCCAAAAUGGAGGAUCAUCACUUUGCUUGGAUCUUAUGGUACAUUUGGAAAGGAAGGAAUAAUAAGGUUUUCAGCAAUCUGGAUAUUGAUCCUAGAGAUACACUAAAAAUCGCAGUAACUGAAGCAAAGAUUUGGGAAGACGCCAAGGUGGUAUCCGUCCCGGUAGUAGAUCGACCAAUUCCGAGCUUACCGAUCAUCCCAGGACGCUGGUGUUUCACGGAUGGCUCUUGGAAAGACAAGGAUGUAUUUUCUGGUCAAGGGUGGUAUAGCACCCUAGAAGGUUUUGCGGGAUUAAUGGGGGCAAGGAAUGUACGGGCCUCUCUACCUCCUCUUCAUUCUGAGAUCGAAGCAUUAAUUUGGGCAAUGGAGUGCAUGAGGAAUUUGCAUCAAUUUAGGGUCACGUUUGCAACAGACUAUAUCAAGACCUUGCGGGAGAACUUCCACAGCUCAGAGAUCAUUUAUGUACCACGCACACAAAACAAGAAGGCCGAUGGACUAGCACGAGGGGCUAGAACUCAAGCGUCUUUUGUUGUGCACAUGGAUGACGAGCCACCAACAUGGUUUACAGAGUCUAUAUGA